AUGCUAGCUACGCCCCUGCAAAUUGCUGCAUCAUUUAAGCCUAGAAUUAAAGUUUUAGACCAUUCUCAAAUUUUUUUGAAUCAAGAAAUAAAAUAUGGUGAGAAAGGUAAAGGUUAUAAUUUUAUGUUUCUUCGAAAUGAAACAUCAAGUGCGGGAUUAGUGGCGGCGCCAGAAUUUUGCUCUGGGAUUGAAAUGAUGAUACCAUAUCGUAUGGGACCCGUAUUUCAACAACCAUUAUUAGGUACAAUGGAUAAUUAUAAUCCUUACUCUUCUUCGUCCACGUACAAUAUUUCAAAUGAAAGCAUGUCAAAACUCGAAUCAUUUGAUUAUUCACAUUUGAACAAUAAUAACCAUUGGGCCACAUACAAUUUAUUAUCGAAUUCUUCUUUGACAUCAUCCGAUCUUAUACCAUCAACCACAUCGACUUCAAAUACGACAUCGACUGAUCAAAGACCACAUCAGAUCAUUCGUACGCCAUCGCCAUGUACAGCAGAAAAGUUAAAUAAUACACAUUUAUCUCAAAUAAAUACAGCAAAUAUAUCCGCUCUUCACCAUCAUACACAUCUACAUCAACAUUUGUAUCCUCCCAAUGCUCAUCGUUCAUCAAUCAAUGAACUAGAGCUAAAUCCAAAUUGGAAUGGCCUAAAUGGUGGAGAAUAUCAUCAUAUGACUACACCCUCAUUUCGUCAAUACCCAGCACCAUCUUGUUCCUAUCCAAACAAUAUUUAUGGUGAACACCAACAUCCACCAAUAAAAUUUGAAAUUGAAUACGAUCCUCGACUCACAACAUCCGCCUCCUAUCCACAUCCAACAGCAGAUCAAUUUCAUCUACCCCCACAAGGUUUACAAAAUAUUUGUAAAAAUGAACAAUUAUUAACAACAAAUCUUGACUCAUCAAAUGGCGAUGUUUACACAAAUGUUCUAUGUAUUCCACCACAACAAUCCUUGCCACCACGACGUCAACAAAAACAACAAUUUGAGUGGCUAAAAUCACAUAACCCAACGAAACAGCAUGCCCCAAAUGGUAAAACUCGUACAAGAGAUAAAUAUCGUGUAGUCUAUAGUGAACAUCAACGUUUUGAACUUGAAAAUGAAUUUGUUAUUGCAAAAUAUAUUACAAUACCAAGAAAAACAACUUUGGCACAAGCUUUGAGUUUAAGUGAACGACAAAUCAAAAUUUGGUUUCAAAAUCGUCGUGCUAAAGAACGAAAAGUGAACAAAAAACGAUCCGAGGUGAGCAGUAAUUGUGUGAACAAUGAAAAUCCACAUGUAAAUAAUUCAUCCAAUGAUGAAUCACAAAAUGAUUCAUGUGAAAGUUUUUGUCAAAAUGGUUAUUCGUAA